AACGUGUAUGAGCAUUAAAAUAAGAACAAUAGGUCAUUCGACCGAAUAGCGAGACGUCACAUUUUUACUGUUAACAUGUGCUAGUUCCGGGAAUCUAAUGGAUCAGUUUCUUCUUAGCUGGUCAGCACUUAUUACAGAUAUCGUUUCUCGGCUGAACAGACCAAAGAGAAACCACCCAAGUACCUCCAACGGGAGUUGUGUUUGUAAUCAAGCCAUAAAGAUGGUUCCGAAAAAGCAGCUAGGACUGAAUGUUGGUUUCAUCGUCGUAUGCAUUUUGGCGACAACCGCUCCAAUUUAUUCGAAUAAUUUAAGAUCACAACGACAGGCUGUGGUGGACACAGUGACAACCGAAGAUGAAAUCGUCCGACCGGAUGGUGUCAGAAUUCCGGUGGCGACAUCCUCAAACACCCAAGUGUCACCUGUUGCUCCAAAUGCGCCGCAAGUUGUGGAUACGGUGCAAACCCAAGAUUCGAUCAUCACGCCGGGUGGAGCUCAAAUUCCUGUUGCUACGUCGAGUAACACGCAACGAGUGGCACGACAAUUUGUCAGCGCAAUGAAUGCUCCACAAGUUGUGGACACGGUCAGCGUCCAGGAUGAAGUUGUGCAUCCCAGUGGUGCCAUCAUUCCAGUUGGUAGUUCAUCGAAUACUGUCGUUUCUCCAGUUGUGGCUCCGGUUCCGCAAGUGAUUGACACUGUGCAAGUGCAAGACACAGUUGUUUCCCCAUCCGGUCAAGAAAUCCCCCUGGCCAGUUCCGUGCAAACCCAAGUCCAACCCGUUGUGACGCCCGUAAUCAACCAACCUCAAGUAAUGGAUACGGUCAGCGUACAGGAUUCAAUCAUCGCUCCUAAUGGUGCUGUCAUCCCGCUGGCGUCUUCAAUACAAAAUCGAGCACUUCCGGUCUAUCCAUCAUUUUACGCAGCUCCGCAAGUAAUGAGCACCAUGGUCCAAGGUUCUGCCUUGGCUCCGCGCGGAAUGAUGUUUCCUGUCGCCCAGUUAGCGGGUCAGACUUACGUUUCUCCUGUGGCAAUUCCAACCAAUUAUUAUGCUAAUCCGCGUGGUUUUUACAAGCGAGAAUUCCACGAUAAGCAUGACGGCCACCACAAGCACUCCCAUCUAUCAACAACAGUUACCGACGAUUUAAAAGCGAUUUUGGCGCCAUCACUUGCCGCUUUAAAGAAGGAUUCCUCAUCCAGUUCCGACGAAACAAAACAGAUUCAAAAGAAAACUGGAAGGAAUAACCACAAGAGCAGUUCAUCUGAAUCCACCAGUUUUGCACAGAAUGUUUCUACGUCAAGUACUAGCUUCGUGAAGGUAGAGAACAUCACCGCGACAUUUGAAGCAGCAGCCACUAAUGUGCCAACAUUUCCCUUGAACGCUACAGUGAAGGCGAUGAAUGCAUCCCUGAAAGUGGAGUUAAACGUUUCCACCAGUUUAAACACGAGCACAGAAACUGUUUCCCUGUUCUCCUCCACGACCGCAUUUCCGGAUCACAAUACGACGGCUGUAGUGAUCAUCGAAAAAGUUGCCACAUCAAUGGACCAGGGCAAUACACUGAAGGACGAAGAUCAAGAAUUCCCAGUGACCGCGGCUGAUCUGGAAAGUGCCGCAGAAAAAGUGGUCCUGUUUCCCAAGAACGCCUUUAUUCCAACGGACAAUCAAACAACAUUCAGUCCUUUCGUAGGCAAUGAAACGUUUCACUGAUUGUACUAGGCAGCUCUGCUCUGCGGUACAUGCGAUCCGAAAAGUGCAUCAUAAUAAUUAUGACGAAUGCAUGAAUUUUUUAUCGUCUCUGUAUCGUAACUGAAUCUUGACUGGUACGUAGUGUUAACACUAAAGUGACUAAACCGAAUGUGGCUUUGUGCUGUUUUUUUAUUCAGAAAUUAAUAAAUAGACCAGUACAUUCGUAGUGUGGAUUUUGGUAACAGA